CCCAGGCCUUUGAUUAGCCGCGUUUGAGGCCGGAAUGAGCGCGAUUCUAAUCAUUGUUGAUUGGCGGCGUGCCAUUCCACGGGUGAACUGUAAUCAAGCUGGCUGCACACCGCAGUCCAUUCAACAAAAGCCCGGCGGCACUUGAAUACCACGGCAAACUGCCCUAAUCCUGCGGAGACGACACCCAUCGCAGCCGCUCGAGCGCACGACAGGGAGAUCAGUUUCACUAGACCGUGGGAGGGACUUCAAGCACCUUUCAAAGCACUCCGCCUUACGCGCGCAAAUUUCACUCCCACACACAAAGUCUCACGCAGACAACACGUCAGCAUCAUGAGCGACAACCAAGUUCCCAAGGAGGAGAUCGAGGAGGUGUUCAAGAAGCUGAAGGCAAAGCGUGAGAACAAGGUCUGCUUUGACUGCAGUGCAAAGAACCCGACAUGGGCGACCGUCACGUUUGGCGUGUACCUCUGCUUCGAUUGCUCCGCAGUGCAUCGGAAUAUGGGUGUCCACGUUACCUUUGUGCGCUCCACGACCCUCGACUCGUGGACGUUUGACCAACUCCGCACGAUGAAAGUUGGCGGAAACGCCAAUGCUGCUGAAUUCUUUCGCCAGAACGGGGCUGGAAACGUGAAGGAAGCGAAGGCGCGUUAUAUCACUAGGGCGGCGGGCCUGUAUAAGGAACGGCUGAAAAAGCUCGUUGACGAGGAUGCUAGAAGAUAUCCCAAUCGAGUGGUCGUAGAUCCCGCAGAAGGCGAAGAAGGCGCCGCGCCGACUGCGCGACGCAACAGCGACUUUUUCUCUGGAUGGGACGAUCUUCCCGCCACUGGGUCUUCGCAGAACUCGACUCCGACCUUGACCGCAGCAUCGAUCGCACCACCGAAAGCAGAGACUUCGUUUACCCCGCUCGCUGUUCACACGCCAACGCCUGUCGCCGCGCCAGUGAAAGUCGCUCAGGCGACCAUCAGUGCAGAAACUGCCGCCGCAGCAUCGCUCUCAUCGGCAUCAGAUCCAUCCAGGCCUGUUGGCGCCAUGCAGCCCACCCGAACCAGUUCCGGCGCCAACAUCCUCCGACCUACUAAGAAAGGUCUGGGCGCCAAAAAGGCGACUAAGAUUGUCAAUUUUGAGGAGGCGGAGCGGUUAGCCAAGGAGGAGCAGGAAAGGCUCAUGCGUGAGGAGGAUGAAACCAAGAGGCGACGCGAGGAGGAAGAAAAGCAACGGCUGGCAGCUCCUAUUGUUCCGGCGGCCACACAAUCCUACGGGAACACCAGCGCACCAGCCGCAAGAGCCCCCCCAAAAGUGUCAGCAGAGGAGGCAGCCAUGAUGGAGCGAUUAGGGAUGGGCAUGGGCAAGUUGGGCGGGUUUGGCUCGGUGGGUGGGUUUGGUGCUACGGGCGGUGUUGGUGCUGGUUCAGCCAAGCCGUCCGCUUCGUCUUCCCAGUAUGAGGAUAAUGGCGACGCUGCCAAGCGAUUCGGGACAGCAAAGGCAAUUUCCAGUGAUCAGUAUUUCCAACGCGGCAGCUAUGACGAGGCACAGAGCCGCGAAGCCCGCACCCGCCUUCAGAACUUCAGCGGCCGCAGCGGCUUCGGCUCCGCAGAAUACUACGGCCGCGACGAAUCCCAUGGCGCCCCCGGUGCGCGCGGCUCCGGCUCCGGCGACCCCAUGGCCGUCCUCGGCGAGUCGGCCCGCGAAUUUGCGACAAAGUUCGUGGGGCAGGCCGCGGAUGAUUUGGGUACGUUGAAGAAGAUUGUUGCGACUGGAGGGAAUAAGUUGGGAGAAGUCUUGCAGGACAUGUCGUCUCGCUACUAAUGAACGCGUAAAGCUAAACGGCGUGUCCGACAGACAUACACACCCACGAAAUGCUGAUCGCUGGCAAAUGGAGCUGGACUUUUGGGAGAAUAGGUGGUUCUCAGUCUGUCAACUCCUGUUAAACUCUAGUCCAACCAUGCCGAUGUGUAUCUCGGUACUUUUGUGCCUUUCCUGUGCUUGGUUGUGGUUUACCCCUCUUAUUUAUCCUUCAACCUUUGUUCUGUAACCUUUUUUAUGAAUGCGGAUUUUACAUGUGGUUUGAACCUUGGUCAUUCUGGGCGCGCAUGAUGCGCAUAUUUCACGAAGGAAUGAAACUGCA